CAACGACAAAACGAAACGAUGGACGCGCUCCACCUGGAAGCAAAUGUGAACCCGAUGCACGAUGCCGGGCGGGAGAAUGACGUGGCCGCGCUGCGCGACCUACUAGCAACGCACGAUGUCGACGAAGAGGAUCAAUAUACUCUCACGGCAUUGCAUUGGGCGUGCGAUACCGGCAGCAACGAUGUCGCGGCCGUGCUUCUCGCAGCAGGAGCUGACGCGAAUCGCGUCGAGCGUCGUCGUUUCAAGCGCCGACCGGUCCAUUUUGCCGCAUUAAACGGGUCAACAUGCCUUCUUGAGCUGCUUCGCAAUGUCGGUAACGCUGACAUGCACGCUAUCGACGGCAUGGGACGAACUCCAUUGCAUUGUGCAUCGCACGGUGGCUCCGUGGAUGCAGUCGCGUGGCUGCUUGAUGUUGCAGGCAGCGACGCGUCGGCAGUCACAUUCGACGGCCACACCGCGUUGGAUUUAGCAGUGCUGAACCAUCAACCUGCCGUCGUCAAGUUCCUGGAGGCCCGUCGCAUCCACUUCAAGCUCCUCCCCGCAUCCGACAAGACCCGCAGCCGCGCGACGCUCCAUGGAUAACAGUACGCUUCGUCAAGCAACUGAAUCGUGCGGCGCGGCAUGGAUAUCGGAUAGCUGGUAACGCAGCUAAUUCUCUCGAUGUGCAUGCUUCUCGCGCACUCAUGCCAUG